UGAUAGUAACCCCGUUUUGCCAUGAUGAAAAGGCUCGUGUUUGCACUUUUGCUGGCCUCAACCUCCCCAGCAGAAGCUUUGAAGGAAGCUUUGGUCAGUUCCUGAGCAAAGCCUCAACACUUGUUUCGUGUGUGCCCGGGGUUGGUGAAAGCGGAGAAGCCAGGGGGCGAGGGCAGCACAGCUGGGAUGCGGCACGAGGGGGCCCUGUAAUUCGAGACCCGGGUAUCUGUCACACGGCUCGGCGUUGGCUGGGAAGUUAUAAUCUGUCGCAGCCGCGGGUCCAGCUUCCUUUUCUUCUUCUUUUCUUCCCAUUCACACACUCCUGCGUGCUUGAACCGUCGUCGACUUGUUUCAAUCACCAACCGCAAGCGUGGGAAGAACAAGACAGCGACGUUGGGCGCAUCCAUUCUCCCCGUUUCCCUUUAUUUGACCACGUUGCACGCUUGGACUACCCAGCAACACCACAAACAUGCCUGGCAUUCCAUUCGGCGCCUUCGACAACUUGAAGGGCAAGCUCAAGGCUGCCUUCAAGAAGCGCAGCGAGAAGACGGGCAAGGCCAAGAAGGCCGAGGAGACCGCUCCUGCUGCCGCUCCGGCUGCCGCUACCACCGCGGCUGCUGCGACCGAGACAACCAAGACCGAGACGGCUCCUGCUGCGGCUCCCGUCGAGGCCCCUGCCGCUGAGGUCGCUACUGCUCCUGCUACCGCCGAGGCUUCAGCUGCCGAGCCGACCAAGGCCGCGGAGACUCCGGCUUCCGCUGCAGCAGCUGCGCCCGCCGAGACCACUCCUGCCGCUCCGGCACCCGAGACCGUUCCCGCCACCACUGCGGCUGCGGCGGCGGCUGUCACCUCUACCACGGCUGCCACCGAGGCCGCUCCUGCGGCGGUUGUACCGGACGCCACGCCUGCUCCUGAGGCGGCUGCUCCGGCUGUCGAGGAGAAGAAGGAGGAGGCCGCUGCGGCCGCUGCUGCCUCGGCCCCGACAGCCUAAAGUCUCUACCGACGACAGCCGGGAUGGCUUCUCGCGGUGACCCGGCGAGAUGAACGGUGCGACGGGAUUUCGAGAGGACAAUAUAGAGGGCGAGUGAAGGCGGGAUGCGUCGUGUUGGGAGGGCGAUGGUGCCGAAACGGGAAUGAUACCGACGAUACCACAUGGUGUGCUUUGUUUUUGCGGGAGCGUGGCGUGGCUUUAAGAUAUCCCAUACUCGAUACCCACCGUUAAUGAUGAAGUCGUUUCUUGACCUCUGAGUGCGGGCGCUAUGUGGCAUUAAAGAAAGACGGGAUGAAAGCAGUUGUCAAAAUGAGGGUAUCCUAACAUAUUUCCAAUGUAUACCAAAGAUCG